AUGUCCAACGCAUUUGACAGCGACGAAGAGGCAGGUGAGUCGUCGUUUCUUCUUAAUAGAAGAAAAUCCAUUCUCGAUCAGCCAAUCGGGCUGUUCCGGGGACCCAACUCGUUACAUAACUUUGCCUCGUCUUUCACCAGAGCCCAGCUGUUUGCUGUGCUGAAACUUGAUCCGGAUAUUCAUAAAAAACGGUCCUUCUUUGCUGGGUCUCUGCCUUAUGACGAUGUUGCUGAUGACGAAUUGUACGACCCUGGUUUGAUGGUGCCUUCGUCCCACGGAGAACGCUUGAGUUCCAUUUUGAAUGAAUAUCACUCGUAUCGUGGCUCCGGCUAUGGUGGUGCACCUUCUCCAUUCAAUGAAGUGUUCUACCAGGAUGAUAUCACUAACGUCCUCCAGAAUAGUCGUUCCAGACAGGGCUCGACGUCAGGAGGUAUUCCAAUUCCGCAGAAGAGGGUCAUUCCUGCCAAAUCAUUCCUGUCAAUCCGCUCAAGCAUCUCUUACGCCAGCACCGCGUCACAUUUCGGUUUGAAGAAGGUUGAGGACAAGAACGGUAAUGUGGUGACCAUGGUGGCGGGUCAAUCGACUGCUCCACAAACCAUUCUCAACUCUGUCAAUGUUUUGAUUGGUGUGGGACUUUUGGCGCUUCCUGUGGGACUUCUCAAUAGUGGUUGGGUGCUAGGAGUGCCCAUUUUACUCCUCUGUUGUUUGGUAACCUGCUGGACUGCUACGCUUUUGUCCAGAGCUUUGGAUACUGACAGCACGUUGAUGACGUAUGCGGAUUUGGGCCACGCAGCUUAUGGAUCUAUUGCCAAGUUGCUCAUUUCUUUGUUGUUUACCACUGACUUGUUGGGACUGGGUGUUUCGUUGAUUCUCCUCUUCUCCGACUCGCUUUAUUCUCUUGCGGGCGAUGAGGAGGUAUGGACGAAGACUAGAUUCAAGUUUGUUGCAUUCUUUGUGUUGACUCCUUUCACAUUCAUGCCAUUGCCCAUUUUGUCCAUUUUCUCCUUGUUUGGAAUUAUGUCGACCAUAUCCAUAAUUGUGUUGGUGUUUGUAUGUGGCCUCUUGAAGCUGACAUCGCCAGGUUCACUCAUUGCUGUCAUGCCCACAAAUUUGUGGCCUACCGACCUUUCGCUGUUGCUCAUUGGCAUUGGCAUUUUGAUGGCUCCAUUUGGUGGCCAUGCCAUCUUCCCAAACUUGAAGUCCGAUAUGAGACACCCACAUAAAUUUACCAAAACCCUCUUCACCACAUACUCAAUUACUUGUUUAGCCGAUUCUUCCAUGGCAAUCAUCGGAUUCCUCAUGUUUGGCUCCUUGUGCAGCAAUGAGGUAACCAGCCUUUUGUUAGAGACUGCCGGAUAUCCUACCUGGAUCUAUCCAUUGAUCAGUGGACUCAUUUGUAUUGUUCCCCUUGCAAAGACUCCAUUGAAUGCCAAACCCAUCAUCUCCACUUUGGAUGGUAUCUUCUCACUCGAUACUAUUGUUGAAGGCGAUAGCAUGUUUAAGAAUUUCACCAAAGAAUUGGGCCGCUUCCUUGUCAGAGUCGGUGUCAAUGCUGUGUUUGUUUGGGUGGCUAUCUUGAUCCCAGAGUUCGACAAAAUCAUUGGUAUCUUGGGAUCUUCAAUCUGUUUCCUUGUAUGUAUCAUUUUACCUUGCUUGUUCUACUUAGUUCUUUGCAAGGACGAUAUUGGAAGGGCCGAGAGAUGGCUCGUGAGAAUUGCUGUCGCAGUGGCUACUUUCUUUGCUGUUGCUUGUACCUACAGCACUGUUGCUAACUAA